GGGCCUGGCUCCGGUUUAAUCUCCGGCUCCGCCGGGAUUACGGCCGCAGGAUAGUUUCUAAUCCGCGGCACCGGCCACCGGGGGCUGCUCGCCCCAGCCCGCAGCAGAGGCGCCGCCGGAGAGAGGGCCAGAGCCCGAGGAGAGCCCGCAGUGAGCCCAGCCACCUCCCCGCCAUGGACGCCACGGACGUGCCCCUCCAGGCUGAGAUGGUGGAGCUGGUGCCCAACGGGAAGCACACGGCCGUGCUCACCGCCUCCACCGUCCCCUCGCUGGCGGGUGACAGGUUUGAGGAGAACCAGUCCGGCACGGCAGAGAUGGAGGAGUUCCUGCCCCAUGGCGCCGAGAAGAAGCAGACACACUUCACUGAUUUUGAAGGGAAGACGUCUUUUGGGAUGUCCGUCUUCAACCUGAGCAAUGCCAUCAUGGGCAGCGGCAUCCUGGGGCUGGCCUACGCCAUGGCCAACACCGGCAUCGUCCUCUUCCUCUUCCUCCUGACGGCAGUGGCCCUCCUCUCCAGCUACUCCAUCCACCUGCUGCUCAAGUCCUCAGGCAUCGUGGGCAUCCGCGCCUACGAGCAACUGGGCUACCGAGCCUUUGGCACGCCGGGCAAGCUGGCCGCGGCCAUCGCCAUCACGCUGCAAAACAUUGGAGCCAUGUCCAGCUACCUGUACAUCGUCAAAUCCGAAGUGCCUCUCGUCAUCCAGACCUUUCUCAACCUGGAGGAGAAGACAACGGACUGGUACAUGAACGGGAACUACCUGGUGAUCCUGGUGUCCGUCACCAUUAUCCUGCCCCUGGCCCUCAUGAAGCAGCUGGGCUACCUCGGCUAUGCCAGCGGCUUCUCCCUGAGCUGUAUGGGCUUCUUCCUCAUCUCGGUCAUCUACAAGAAGUUCCAGAUCCCCUGCCCGCUCCCUGAGCAGGAAGGGAACCUCACGGGCAGCCUCAACGCCACCCCUGUCAGCACCAGCGACUACCAGAACGGCUACACCGUCCUCCAGGCGCCUGACCAGGGCACCUGCACCCCCAGCUUCUUCACCCUGAACUCCCAGACGGCAUACACCAUCCCCAUCAUGGCCUUUGCCUUCGUCUGCCACCCCGAGGUCCUGCCCAUCUACACUGAGCUGAAGGACCCCUCCAAGAAGAAGAUGCAGUGCAUCUCCAACAUCUCCAUCAUGGUCAUGUACCUCAUGUACUUCUUGGCUGCCCUCUUUGGCUACCUCACAUUCUAUGGCCGGGUGGAGUCGGAGCUGCUGCACACAUACAACAAGGUGGACCCCUUCGAUGUGCUCAUCCUGUGCGUGCGGGUGGCCGUGCUGACGGCCGUCACCCUCACCGUCCCCAUCGUCCUCUUCCCGGUGCGCCGGGCCAUACAGCAGAUGCUGUUCCAAGGGAAGGACUUCAGCUGGAUCCGCCACGUCACCAUCGCCGUGGUCCUGCUGACCUUCAUCAACCUCUUGGUCAUCUUCGCCCCCUCCAUCCUCGGCAUCUUCGGCAUGAUCGGUGCCACCUCUGCUCCCUGCCUCAUCUUCAUCUUCCCCGCCAUCUUCUACAUCCGCAUCAUGCCCAAGGACAAGGAGCCGCUGCGCUCCACCCCCAAAAUCUUGGCUGCUUGCUUCGCCCUCCUCGGGGUGCUCUUCAUGAUCAUGAGCUUGAGCUUCAUCAUCAUCGACUGGGCCAUGGGUGGGGGGAAGAGCGGUGGCAGCCACUAGCCAGCACUGGGUGCCCACGCCAACCUCCCCCCCACCCACCGGUGCCCCAGGGAGAGCUGGCCCUGGGCUCAGUCCCCAUGCCACGGCCCCGCCAGGCUUCCCUGGGGACCUUCCGCCGUCGCUGCCCAUCACCCGCGGUGGUGGUGAGGGGGUAUGAGCCAUGGCAGGCGCGGGGACCCCCCCAGCCUGUGCCCAGGGUGGGGCAGUGAGCCUGGGGCAGGUGCUGUGCCCCACCCCUGCUCCAGAGGGUACCCUCCCUGCUCUGCGCCUCAGUUUCCCCGUCUGUAAAAUGGGGAGAAUAAUACUGCCCUACCUCACCGGGAGCUGGCUGUCAGGUGGAGCUCGUCUCUGCGCACCCAGAGCCGCCGGCAGCGGGCACUGCCAGGGGCGCAGGGCACUGCCCGCCGUGGGGGCUGAGGACUGGGGCACUUUCCUGACACACACCCCCCCCCCCAGACAGCAUUGAGAGUCCUGAUGAACAGUGUCCGUGGGGGGCUGGAGUCCAGCGGGGUGGUCGGACCUGCGGCAGCACCUGUGCCCAAGCCACCCCCCCGCCCCCUUCCCCUGCCAUCCCCCGGUCCCUGCAGAAAUGCCACCCCACUGGUCCCCACGGUACCCAGCCCACUGCUCUUGAGCCUGCUGGGGGAACAGUUGGCUCCCGGUGCCCACAGAUGGGACCCCAGUGACCCCCACCCAGGCCACGCUUGGGGACCGGCCGCAUCACUGUGGGGAGGUGGCGUGCCCGCCGGGGGCUUGCUGCCCGUGCUGCGGUUUGGCUGUCCGGAGCCUGGCCCCCCCUUCCGAGGGGCGUGGGGGGUGGGAAGGGGGGAUGCAGAGGCCUGGGGGCACCACUCACAGGGGGCCAGCUUGGGGCUGCAGAGCCACCCCUCUGUCUGCGUGCCCAGACGCCAGGGUGAUGGGCACCCCUGCAAUCCAAGCUGGCCCUGCUUGCCUUGCACCCAGGGCCAGCACCCAGGCCCCCACAGCCCUCUCCCACCUGUGCCGCUGGGAUGCCCCACGCCAUGCCAAAACCCGGAGAGCGGCUCUCCCACCCACUGCCUCCCUUUCCAGCAUGGGGGAGGGGGGCCAAACCAGGUGGGGGGGCUGUCCUGCGGUGAAGUACAUAAGAGACGUAUUUUUUUACCGGGGUGGUGGAGGCCAGGAUGCUUUUUAUAAAUACUGUAUAUAAGAGUAGAUCUUUUUUAACGUGUUGUGUUGCUCUGGGUAGCUCUGUAUGAUGUACAUAUCUAUAUGGGGUGGAGGCGGGGGGGGCUGCGACCUGGUGCCAGCGAGGGGCACCGCCGUGGACCCUCACCGUCGCCCCAGGGCUGCUGGCUGCAGCGUGGCCCUGCUGGCCCUGGCCCCAGCCCGGCUGCCCCGUGGCCACCCCUGUGCCGUGCCCGUGGCGGAGGGGGGGGCGAUGCUUUUAAAUUAUCCAUGGGGGCAAUGUCUGUGCCGGCGAGGAGGCCGGCUGGCGAAGCCUCUGGCUGUGAGAAUAAAGAUGUGAAUGUG